GUCCACUCUAUAUGACUUCUAGUGUUUUUGUUUUUUAAAAUCAUUUCAUCUCUUUCGGGAAGAAUGUCGAGUCUUUUCCUUCUUGUUCCUUUCUUAAGUUCUUGAAUGUAUGAAGUCUUGUUUCUCUGAGGGAACAAUUCUUGCAAUCCAAUACGAAAAACUAGAGUAUGCUGACAAACGUUACAAAAUUGACUAUAAAGAUCGUCGAAGGAUUUUAUCCAAUGGUGGAUAGUGAACAAGUACAGAUAAACUCUAGUGCGAUUAUGCACAAGAACAAAACCCAAAAACAGAAUGAAUCUUCGAUUCUCCCAUAUGAUAACCAGGGUGGUGAAGAGGCAAUGGCACAUUGGCACGUGGUGGCUGAUUCCCAGUUAUUAAACUAGUGCUACUUUCUCAGAGAAAACCGUUGGAUUUCGAUGACCCUUCUUCUCGACAGCUGUAGCUAGCUGUCCUAAUCCUCCAUCCCAUGUGACCCACUCACCCCCACCCCCACCCUUCCCUCCAAAAUUUCCGGGCCUUAAAAAUAAGAACACUGCCCUACAAUCUUGAUGAUACCCUACACACAGACACUUGACAAUUCGUCCUUAAAUCACUCAACUCUCUUGUCUAAGAAAUUCUUCAUUCAGGAUUUUCUUGAACUUGAUUUAUAUCUCGUUUUGGUUUAGGUAUAAUUGAGUAGAAGAUUUGAGGGCUGUUAAUGCAUGGAGCACUUACCACCAAGAGUUCCAUCUAUGGCACAGAAUUGGCCGUCAUUUCCAUUCCAAAUGAUGCCACUUCAUGCUCCGCAAAAUUCAUGGGUUGAUGAAUUCGUUGACUUCUCCUCGACACGGCGGAGCAUGUACCGGAGGACGGCGAGUGACCCUGUCGCCUUCGUGGAAGAGUCUGGCAAUAAUAAUAAUGGGUUUGAGAGAUUGGAUGAUGAACAGUUAAGAGACAUGUUUUCUGAUGAUAUGGCGGAUGUGGGGCCUACUACAAGGUCUUCGUCUAGUCCUUCCUCGCCGUCGGAUCAGAACGGUGAAAACAAUGAGAAGAUAACAACGGUGGUGGAGGUGGAGGUGGAGAAGGAGCCCCACCGUGUGCAGCCGAAGAAUGAGCCUGGUGAGGUGGAUAGUUCAUGCAAACCACCAGUAGAGUCACUGCCUCCUGCCAAAUCUUCUGAUAAUGCUUCUGGGGAUACCAUUGUUGAUCCAAAGAGGAUCAAAAGAGUUUUGGCCAAUCGUCAGUCGGCUCAAAGAUCAAGAGUGAGGAAAUUACAAUACAUUUCUGAGCUUGAAAGGAGUGUGACAACAUUGCAGAGUGAAGUAUCAGCUUUGUCACCAAGCGUCGCAUUUUUAGACCAUCAAAGGCUGCUUCUCAAUGUUGAUAAUAGUGCUCUU